GCAACGACAAUUCCACAAAGUACUGGGGCCCUUUGAUUAAAAAUCAAAUGUACAAACCUUGCCACUUCAAAGCUAGUGCAUCAAUAACACCAUCAAAGCUAUCAAACCUGGAACUCACCACAUCAACUCCUACACCCAACCUCUCAGCUCCGGCAGCCGUAACCGGUCCAUGUGCCGCCACAAUCAACGCCGGACACCUCUUCCUCACCAUCCCCCAAUCCAAUCCAAACUCUCUCAAGCUCUUCAACAGUCCCUCCACCUCUCCACUACUAGUAAACACAAUUGCAUCCAUCCCACCUCCUUCCACAGCCCUCCUCGCCACAUCCACCGCGCUCACCGGCCCCGCCCACCUCGUCUCAUACCCGUUUACCCGAACCGCAACCCAUCCCUUCAAACCAAGGUCACGUAUGAAAUUAGGUACCACUGGUGGUUCUUCAAGGCCAGUGACUAAUGGGACUGGACACAGUACUUUUCUUCCUCGUCCCAACCCGAGUGAAUCAAUCAGACCAGUUGGGGUUGCUAUUCGAGGCACCAAGAUUCGGAUUCUAUUUGGGUUUUUGCAGAUUCGAUUGAUGAAAGACUCGUCUAGGAGCUCUGAGUCCUUGCCCAGAGCAGAGAUUGUGAAGGUUUUACCAUUUGGGGCCAAUGGGGGUGUUUUGGAAUCAGUCAAAACUUCUGAAAAAGCAGUGAUUCCAGUUCUUGAAGUGAAAGCUAUGGCGGAGAAUUCUUCAAGUGGGGUUUUGGGGAUUGGGUUUGGAGGUGAGAGUGGGGCACCAGAGAGGAGUCCAGUUCUUGAGAUGGAUGAGAUGAGAGAGUCGAAGAGCAUAGUUUUGCGGUGUGGUGAAGGCAAUUANUUGGUUAGUGGGGUGGCUUCAACAAUGACAGUGGGGCACCAGAGAGGAGUCCAGUUCUUGAGAUGGAUGAGAUGA